GCGCGCGCUCGCGUGUGUUUCUCAGCAUCCGCGACUGUAAUGGCGGCGGAUCCGGUUACAACUGAGAUCAUCUGAGAUCAAAGAGUACAGAAGAAUAUAAGUUAUUUGCUAAAAUCAUCUGGACCGAUUCCGUGAGUCCGAUCAUCCUCUGGGAACUACAGAUCCAGUGCACGAGCACGGGAUUAAAGCGCGUGCACGAGGAGGAUCUGAAGUCAUGGAUGUGUUCGCGAUUCUCAAUCUAAAUGAACUCGCUCUCGGGCUGUCAAAUCUGUCCAUGUUCCCAUACUUUGACAUGGCGCAUUAUAUCAUAUCAGUGAUGAGCCUGAGAGAGCAGCCAGGCGUCUCUCUCUCUGUCAGCAGGGGCACAGGAGUGCUGGCCGUGUCUCAGCUCAGUCCUCUGGCUUGCUGGUUCAGUUCGAUGUUGUAUUGUUUCGGUGGAGCCGUUCUCUCAGCGCUGAUGAUGGCAGACGCUCCAGUCGCUCCACUGUCCAACACCACUAACCUGCUGAUCGCCUCACUCAUGUGGUAUCUGGUGUUCUACUGUCCUCUGGAUGCCGUUUACUCGCUGGCGUCGGUCUGGCCCGUUCGACUGGUCUUGACGGGGAUGAAGGAAGUGACACGUACGUGGAAGGUUGUGGGCGGAGUCACUCAAGCGGGCAGGAAGUACAAAGAUGGUCUGUUCGUGAUGAUCGCAGUGGGUUGGGCCAAAGGUGCGGGCGGAGGCCUCAUCAGUAACUUUGAGCAGCUUGUUCGAGGCGUCUGGAAGCCUGAAACCAAUGAACUACUGAAGAUGUCAUACCCGACCAAGGUCACCCUGCUGGGAUCGGUUCUGUUCUCGCUCCAGCAGUGCCGCUUUCUCCCGAUGCAAACACACCACCUGAUCUUCAUCUACACACUCUUCAUCGUCUCCAAUAAGAUGCGGAUGAUGAUGAUAGGUUCUUCAUCGUAUCCAUUCUCAUCGCUGGAGUCUGUCCUCUACAAGACUCUGUUUGUUCGACCUCUGAACUUUUCACCGCUGACUGACUCGACCCAGGGUUCAGAUCAAACCUCGAAAAACAGCUCAAUUUCCGAGCAGAAGAGCGCCAACAAGGACCAAAGAAACCCGGAAGAGGCCAAAAACGCCAAAAAGAAAGAUUGAGGACGACUGAAAGAUUGAGGACUCAUAAAAGAUUGAGGACUCAUAAAAGAUUGAGGACGACUGAAAGAUUGAGGACGAAAGAAAGAUUGAAGAC